AUGAAAUAUUGGGGCGUGCGAUUAUCGAUCUUGAGCAAUCGGUUUGCACACGUCUCACAUGUGAACGCCGAACCCCAACAUUAUCGCCGCUUCCGCUGCAUUCCUGCACACGAGACAAUCAGAUUGUUCAGCACUAGCACUCCUCAGUUUUUGUCUAGUCUAGAGGCCAAUCAUACCACUUCGAUGGAUACCCCGAGGAGAUCCCGGAGGUCCAGCACCAAGCGGUCCAACUCACUCCCAAGACCCACGUUCAGCAGGCGGUCUUCGUCCACCUCUUCUCUCCACGUUGUGGAUUUGAUUGACACUUUCAAGGAUGCUUCUGUUCAGCAGGCAGCUUUGAGUUCUGGCCAGGAACGUGAUUUUGUCCCCACUGUGAAAGCGCAUCUGGACCAAAGCUUGCCACUUGACUAUUUCAAGCAAGACAUAAUAUCCAUUCUGCAAAGCCUUAGGAUUCCCAGGUGGCACAAGAUCCCUAUUACUCCCAGCUCAAUCGCGAAGCUGGAACUGAAACGGAUAAACGGGGCGUUGACCAAUUGCAUCUUCAAGGUCACAUUCAAGAAUUAUGAGCCUUUGCUACUGAGAAUAUACGGUCCAAACGUGGACUCCAUCAUUGAUAGAGAGGCAGAGCUGAAGACUCUGACCAGACUGAGCGCCAACAACAUUGGGCCGAAACUGAUGGGUUGUUUCACCAAUGGGAGAUUUGAACAGUAUCUUGAGAACUCCACCACGUUGGACAGGAACCAUCUUAGAGACCCAAACAUUAGCAGAAGAAUUGGCAGAAGAAUGAAAGAGUUGCAUACUGGUAUUCCUUUGGAGUUGCAAGAGAGACUGAGUGGUCCAGUGUGUUGGAGUACCAUUGGAAAAUGGCUGGACACUGUGGAGAAGUAUGCUGAUGAGGCAACGUUAGAUGAGCAACAGGAUGUGUUCAUUCUCAGUUUCAAGGAAUUCAAAAAAGUUAUAAGGACCUACAGAGACUGGCUUUUGGAAAGUUAUACAGAACCGUUCCAGAUCAACCAGAACCUAGUUUUCUGCCACAACGAUACACAGUAUGGAAACUUGCUGUUUUACACACCCCUUGGUUUGGAAAAGAAGGGGAAAGUAACUGACCAAGAGCUGGUUGUGAUUGACUUCGAGUACUCAGGUCCAAAUUUACCGGCAUACGACAUAACCAAUCAUUUUUGUGAGUGGAUGGCGAAUUAUCACCAUCCAACGCAGUCCUAUUACCUCGACCAGGAUGCCUAUCCGUCGAGGGAGGAAAGACUGAACUUCCUAGAUUCCUACGUUAAAUGCAAGGGUCUUUCCAAGAUGAAGGUGCAGCACACGGUUCCGGAGCUUCACGACGAGAUUUUGAAAUGGAGGGCAUGCAAUUCUAUAUUGUGGGCUUUGUGGGCAGUGAUCACCAAUGGGUCAUUGCACAAAAAUGCAAAGAUUUUACAUGAAUUGUUUGGACAGGAAACGGAGGAAAAGGGCCCUAACGGGGAAAUAUACAGGAUCACAGUUGAAGAAGAUGCCACCUUUGAAGCUGGAAGCGAAGGUGAAGAGGUUGGAGACGACACGGAUGACAACUUUGAUAGUUUGGGGUACGCGUUGCAGAAAAUGGGGAUUGUGAUUGGAGAUUUGAUACAGUUUGGACUCCUUGAUAAGGAUGCCAUUGAUGAAUCCAGACUUGCCAAUGUCAAGUUCAUGGAUUGCAAGCUGAUCAAGGAUGAAGAAUAA